AUGUUCAAGAAGUGCCCAGGGUCUCUGACAUACUCGGAGAAGAAAGUAACUCAAAAGUUUGAAACUUUGAAGAAGUGUGGACUACUCGAUGACGAGGUCCUCUCGGUGCUAAAGAGAUCUCCGCACUGCAUUGGAGUUUCGGAGCAGAGGAUAGAGAACUCCAUUGAAACAUGCCUUGCCCUUGGAUUCACAAGAGAAGAGUUUUUGAUGAUGGUCAAGUGCUUUCCUCCGUGUCUUCAUUUAUCCGGAGAGACGUUGAAGAAGAAGACCGAGUUUCUGGUGAAGAAGAUGAAUUGGCCACUAAAGGCUUUGGUUUCAAACCCUUCGGUACUUGGAAGUAGUAUGGAGAAGAGGAUGGUGCCAAGGUGUAACGUGGUCAAAGCUCUCAUGUCCAAAGGAUUGAUCGGAAGUGAACUCCCUUCAUUGUCGUCUGUCUUGGUAUGUACUGAUGAGACCUUCUUAAAAAGGUAUGUGAGGAAGCUUGAUGACGAUGAGCUUGUGGCUGAGUUAAUGGCUAUCUUCACUGGAAUUAAGAGGAAAACAGAUAAAACUUAG